CUGAAAGGGGAAGGAAGGAAGGAAGCUCUGCCCAGACUUCUCUCAACACCGAGGCCCGGGAGAAGCUCGGCUCGGCGCGCCCUAGAGAGUCAGCCUCCUCCAGCACCCACUGCCCUCUGUGGCUCUCUCUCCACGCCCCCUCCCCCCAGGCUAACCGGGAAGCUGAGUGACUGUACUGUGGGCUUGCCUGCUCCUUUCCCUCCCCCUUAAGAGCAACGUCACCGCAGCCCAGCAGCCGCGGCAGCGGCAGCAGCGAGAAGACAGGCUGAGAUUGCGCAGCCUCUCUGCAUUAGCUAGGAUGCCAUUGUAUUAGCAGAAGUCAGAUCUUAGAAAACCAGCCCGAUACCCCUGUGCGAUCGGCCAGUGAUUCAGCUGAGAUUGUCAAGGUAGAGCUUGGCGGGCGUGCAAAAGGAGCGGGAGCCACCGAGUGCACCUCGAGGCUCCUUGCAGAGGUACCAAGCUCUCCUGAUGAAAUGUGUUCUGCCCCACUGGGCUCCAAAGGCAGUGUCUGGUGCUGUUGAUGCCCUUGCUGGAACUUUCCAGAAUGGAUAGCCCCCCUAAGCUGACCGGAGAGACCCUCAUCGUCCACCAUAUCCCCUUAGUGCACUGCCAAGUCCCAGACAGGCAGUGCCGGGGCGGGGCAGGUGCAGGAGGUGGGGGCACAAGGCCCAAUCCCUUCUGCCCACCCGAGCUGGGCCUUGCUCAGCCUGACCAAGACCUGGGGCAGGCUGACUCCCUGCUGUUCAGCAGUCUGCGCUCGGCUCCAGGGCCGUCUGUGCGGUCUUCAGACAGCACCAAGAGUAGGAGCCGGGACGGAAGAGGCCCUGUGGCUCCCAAACGGCACAACCCCUUCUUGGUGCAAGAAGGUGCGGGUGAGACGGGACUCGGUGACCUGUACGAUGACAGCACCGGUGACAGCGCCACCCAGCAGUCCUUUCACCUGCAUAGCACCGGCCAGCCCACCUUCCACCUGUCUUCUUUCCAGCUGCCACCGUCCGGCCCUGGACUGGGCAGGCCAUGGAGUACAACACGCAGUCGGCCUGGAGUGGUGGAGGGGCAGGAACAGGAGCCAGCGACAACCUUGGGUACCCAGAGCAGCUCCAGCCACUGCUGCAGGCCCGAGCUGGAAGCGGAGACGAUGGAGCUGGACGAGUGUGGGGGACCUGGUGGGAGCGGCAGCGGAGGGGGAGCCAGUGACACCUCUGGCUUUUCCUUUGAACAAGAGUGGAAGCUCAGUUCAGAUGAAUCGCCAGGAAACCCUGGACAGCCUGGCUUGGGAGCUCGGCACUGCCACUACAGCAGCACGUCCAGUCAGUCCGAGGCAGCCGACCAGUCCAUGGGCUGCGCCAGCGACUCAUCCUGCACCAGUUCAGACGGUGUGCUGGUCACAUUCAGCACCCUCUACAAUAAGAUGCAUGGCAGCGCCCGUGCCAACCUCAACUCUGUCCCUCAGCCCUUCUGCAGCCACUCAGACCCUGGAGCCUUCUACCUGGACCUACAGCCCUCCCCAGCUGAGUCAAAAAUGUCCUGUGAGUCCCACCACCCUGAAGAUGGGGACAGGGAAGAGGGCUGUGGCUGUCCUCACGCCUCUUCUCCGGAGCUCGAUGCCAACUGCAACUCCUACCGCCCACACUGUGAGCCCUGCCCGGCUGUGGCCGACCUCACAGCCUGCUUCCAGAGCCAGGCCCGCCUUGUGGUGGCCACACAGAAUUACUAUAAACUCGUCACCUGUGACCUGUCCUCGCAGUCCUCCCCAAGCCCAGCUGGCUCCUCCAUCACCAGCUGCUCUGAAGAACACACCAAGAUAAGUCCUCCACCAGGCCCUGGCUCAGACCCAGACCCCAGUCAGCCCUCUGAGUAUUACCUCUUCCAGAAGCCAGACGUGGAGCCAGAGGAACACGCGCCAGUGGCUUCCUCAGCAGAAGCAGCAACUGCCAUGGGCCCCCCUGUACUCGAAGGGCAGGUGUACACAAAUACUUCCCCCCCCAACCUCAGCACCGGCCGGCAGCGCUCUCGAAGCUAUGAUCGGAGCCUGGAGCGCAGUCCCCCUGUCCGCCUGGGCUCACUGGAACGCAUGCUGAGUUGCCCAGUGCGCUUAAGUGAGGGCCCUGCAGCCCUAACCGGGCCUGCCUCCCCACCCAGGAGGGUUACCUCUUUUGCUGAGUUGGCCAAAGGCCGGAAGAAAGCUGCAGGUUCUGGCUCCCCGCCCCUUCGGGUGAGCGUUGGAGAGUCUUCCCAUGAGUUCCCACUCAUCCAAGGAGCCCGGCAAGAUAGGGCAGGCCCCCCUGAUGAGGGCACUCGGUGUAGCCAUAGCCUACCAUCCAUGCCCUUGGGGCCAAGCCUGGACCUCCUUGGCCCAGAACCCUGGUCCACCCAAGUUUGUCAGGCCUCCCAGUCCAGUGAGAUUCUGCUUCCUAGCCUCAGAGCUGCUGAGCAGGGCCCCUCGGCCCCGCUGAUUGAUCCUGGGCCUACUCUCCCAGGGAGCCCAGCCAACAGCCGUGCCCAGAGAGAUGCAAGAGCUGACGGGGGUGGCACUGAAAGCUGGCCGGUCCUUCGCUACAGUAAGGAGCAGAGGCCAACCUCGCUGCCCAUCCAGCCCUUUGUGUUCCAGCAUCACUUCCCGAAGCAGCUGGCCAAGGCCCGGGCCCUCCACAGCCUCUCCCAGCUCUACAGCCUCUCGGGCUGCGGCCGGGCACAGCAGCCUGCCACGCUGGUCAUCUCCACUGCUCAGGGCCCAGCCCCAGCUCCCUCAGAAGAGCCACAGGCAUUCACAUCCCAGACCACUGGCGGAGGUGCCAGAAAAGCUGGGCCUGAAGUGGAGACCUCCAGGCCAUCACCCCUGGGAAGCUACUCCCCAGUCCGGAGUGCCGGCCCCUUUGGGCCUAGCACUGACUCAUCUGCCUCUACCUCCUGCUCUCCCGCUCCUGAGCAGGCCACAGCAGCAGAAAGUCUACCCCCAUGGGGCUACACCUGCCCCACUGUUCGGCCUGCCAUCUCCCAGCAGCUGCAGAAGGAGGACCAGAAGGUUCCGACCUUGGCUGAGUACCGACUUCAUGGUACAGGAAGCUUGCCACCUCUGGGCUCCUGGAGAUCUGGCUUUACCCGGGCAGAGAGUCUGGCUCGAGGAGGUGGUGAGGGCAGCAUGGCCUCCAGGUCCAGCAAUGCCAACCAUCUCUCCCCACAAGCCCUCAAGUGGCGGGAAUACAGGAGGAAGAACCCAUUAGGGCCACCUGGUUUGUCAGGAAGUCUGGAUCGAAGGCCACAGGAAGCUCUGCUGGCCCGCAGAAACCCCAUCUCUGAGUUCCCCGGCUCUUUCGGCACUGCCAGCCAUCUGAAUUGCCGGCUGAACGGUCAGGUUGCAAAGCCAUUAUCAUUGACCUGCCCUGACCUCCAGGACCCCUUUUCCUUAACUGAGAAGCCUCCAGCUGAGUUUUGUCUGUCUCCAGAUGGCAACUCGGAGGCCAUUUCCAUUGAUAUACUUCAGAAAAAAGGGCUGGUAAAAGCUGUCAACACGGCUGUGGACCUUAUCGUGGCCCAUUUUGGCACAAGCCGAGACCCUGGCGUCAAGGCUAAGCUGGGGAAUAGCUCUGUGAGCCCCAAUGUCGGCCACCUGGUCCUCAAGUACUUGUGUCCUGCCGUCCAAGCUGUGCUGGAGGACGGGCUCAAGGCCUUCGUACUAGAUGUGAUCAUUGGCCAGCGUAAAAACACGCCUUGGAGCGUGGUGGAGGCGUCCACACAGCUAGGCCCGUCCACCAAGGUCUUGCAUGGCCUUUCCAACAAAGUCAGCCAGUUCCCGGAGCUCACCAGCCACACCAUGCGCUUCAACGCCUUCAUCCUCGGCCUGCUCAACCUCCGGUCCCUGGAGUUCUGGUUUAAUCACCUGUAUAACCAUGAAGACGUCAUCCAGACCCACUACCAGCCGUGGGGCUUCCUGCGUGCGGCUCACACGGUCUGCCCUGGCCUCUUUGAGGAGCUGCUGCUGCUGCUCCAGCCCUUGGCCCUGCUGCCCUUCAGCCUCGACCUGCUGUUCCAGCACCGGCUGCUGCAGAGCGGGCGGCGGCAGCGGCAGCUCCGGGAACUGCUGCGCGUGUCCCAGGACCUGCUGCUGUCUGCACACUCGACCUUGCAGCUGGCCAGGGCCCGAGGCCGCGACGGCCCUGGAGACGUGGGCAGGACGGCCCCGGGGGAGCGGGCCAAGGGUGUGGGGGCCUCCGAGGGUGGAGAAGAGGACGAGGAAGACGCAGAAGAGGCGGCUGUGGUCGGGGGAGGCUCGGAGCACGGCCGCUGGGCCCGAGGCAGUCAGGCCGGCUGGUGGUACCAGCUCAUGCAGACCUCCCAGGUCUACAUCGAUGGCGCUGCCGAGGCCUCCAGAUUCCCUCGCAGUAGCAGCAGUGGCGGUGAGAGAAAGAAAGGAGUAGGCAGUGGGGGGCCUUCCCCGGCCCCGCCGCCUCGGGAGGGGGUAGUGGAAGGGGCUGAGGCCUGCCCCGCCCCCGAGGAGGCCCUGGGCCAAGAAAGGGGCUGGCCUUUCUGGAUGGGGAGCCCCCCUGACUCUGUGCUAGCCGAGCUGAGGCGCAGUCGGGAGAGGGAAGGGCCUGUUGCCCCACCAACGGAAAAUGAGGAAGGGACCGCAGAGCCGCCCCCCGGGGGCAUCAAGUGGGGGCACCUCUUUGGUUCUCGGAAAACUCAGCGGGAAGCCCGGCCCACUAACAGGCUACCCUCGGACUGGCUGAGCCUGGACAAGUCUGUGUUCCAGCUGGUGGCCCAGACGAUGGGGGCCAGACGGGAGCCGGAGCCCAGGGAGAACCCGCCGGAGCCCCGCUCUCCAGCCCCGCCUUCCAAACCUCCGUGCGAGGUGCAGGCCCUGUGCCACCAUCUGGCGACAGGCCCUGGACAGCUGAGCUUCCACAAAGGAGAUGUCCUCCAGGUGCUGGGCCCAGCUGGAGGAGACUGGCUGCGCUGCAGCCGUGGCACUGACACUGGCUUGGUACCUCUGGCCUAUGUGACAUUGACCCCAACUCCGAGUUCACCUCCUGGAAGCAGCCAAAACUGAGGCCUUGUGCAUGCUGGUGGCCUCAGGGACCCUCAUUUCCCCCGAGACUCAGAGCCUGAGGGUCCUGCCCAAGCCCUCAGGCUUGGCCACAAAAAGUAGACUGAGAGCUGGGGCCACGCACCCCCGUGCUGGCACCUGCUCCUCUGCGCAGUAUUAAUUACUCCUCAACUGUCCCAGCGACUUUGUCCGAACCUCCACCCAGGAAGAGAGGGGAGGGACACGGUGCCAGGCUGCAAAGAUUUUUCCUGGCCCAUCUGGGCCAACACUUCCAUGGGUGUAGACAAGUCUGGAGGGAGGGGGCCCAGAGGUCAUUUGUAGGUUCACUAGGCUGAGGGAUAGUGAGGAUGGUUAACAGUGUUGGGGCAGUCCUAAGCCUGCCGUGCUGUAAAUAGGCAGUGGUAGUGCCUGGUCGCCAGACAGGAGGGGCCAGGCUUCUGUUUGUGUAUUUAUUUAUUUAUUUAUUUAUUACGCCUAUUAAUAAAAGGUGCUCAGCCUCCAAA